AGCACGGACGGGUUGGGCCGAAGGGCCCGUUUCCGUGCGGUGCAAACUCACAAACAUUUCCGGAGGUCAGCCAAAGAGAGAGUGAGAGGGAAAAAAAAACGAGCAGUUUUGCAUCAUCGGGGGAGGUGUGGGGGAGAACGCACGCUGCAUCUGAGAGUGGACAGUGACUCCAGAGUCCGGAGGCCCAGGGGUGAUCUUGCAGAGGCUUAUGAAAUCAUGAGGGGCGUGGAUGGGGUGAAUAGACAAGGCUUUUUCCCCUGGGGCUGGGGGAGUUCAAAACUAGCGGGCAUAGGUUUAAGGUGAGAGGGAAAAGAUUUAAAAGGGACCUAAGGGGCAACAUUUUUACACAGAGGGUGUUGAGUGUAUGGAAUGAGCUGUCAGAGGGAGUGGUGGAAGAUAAUACAACAUUUAAAAGGCAUUUAGAUGGGCCUGUGAGUAGGAAGGGUUUAGAGGGAAAUGGACCAAAUGCUGGUAAAUGGGACUAGCUAAAUUUAGGAUAUCUGGUGGGUAAGGCAGAGUUGGACUGAAGGGUCUGUUUCUGUGCUGUACAAGUCUAUGACUCAACAACAUAAACAUACUGACUGGACAUUAGGGUGUGGAAGGGUGCAUUUCUGAAUGGAGGGCUGUGACUAAUGGCGUUCCUCGGGAAUCAGUGUUGGGACCUUUGCUGUUUGUAACAUGUACAAACGAGUUGGAGGAAAAUGUACCAGGUAUGAUUAGUAAGUUUGCCGAUGGCACAGAGGUUCGUGGAAUUCUGGCUAGGGAUGAGGACCAUCACAGGAUACAGCAGCAUAUAGAUCAGUUGGUGACUUGGGCAGAGAGAUGGCAGAUGGAGUUUAAUCUGGAAAAGUAUGAGUUCUGAUGCAUUUUGGAAGGUCUAAUCCAGAUGGAAAUUACAUAGUAAAUGGCAGAACCCUUAAGAGUACUGAUAGGCAGAGGGAUCUGGGUGUACAGGUACACAGGGGUCACUGAAAGUGGCAACGCAGGUGGAAGAGGUAGUCAACGAGGCCCACGGCAUGUUUGCCUUCAUUGGUCGGGGCAUUGAGUUUAAAAAUUGGCAGGUAACGUUGCAGCUUUAUGGAACCUUAGCUGGGCUGCAUUUGGAGUGUUGUGUUCAACUCAGGCUUUCACACAGCCAGAAGGGUGUGGGGGGGGGCUUCGAAGAGAAAGAUUUACCAGGUUGUUGCCUGGUAGGGAGGGCACUAGCUGUGAGGAGACGUUGGAGAAACUUGGGCUGUUCUCACAGGAAUGACGGAGCUUGAGGGGGAUGGGGGGGGGGUGACCUGCUGGAGGUGUACAAGAAUAUGAAGGGCAGAGUGGACAGCCAGAAGCUUUUCCCCAGGGUGGAAGAGUCAGUUACGGGGGCCACGGGCUUAAGGUGCGAGGGGCAAGGUUUGAAGGUGAUGUACGAGGCAAGUUUUUUUACACAAGAGGGUGGAAGGUGCCUGGAACUCGCUGGUGGGGGAGGCAGUGGAAGCAGAUACCAUGGUGAUUUUUAAAGGGUGUCUUGACAAACACAUGAAUAGGAUGGGAAUAUGGUCCCCUGGAAGGGUCGGGGGUUUUAGUUGUGAGGGGCAGCAUGUCGGUGCAGGCUUGAAGGGCCAGAUCAGGUGGAAGAAGACUGCAGGAGCCGGGGGAGAGAGUGUAGAUGGAGAAUUGACUUCACUUUAAAAGUCGCCUCCCACCCAAUGUCCCGGCUGAUACUUACCCCUCACGACGAGAGGCUACCUGGUCAUCAACGCGGUGCAGUUAGGGAGAGCUUGGCGAGCACAAAUUGCCUGACACUUUUCCUCCGCGACAGCAGCAGCAGCCAUUCGGGGUGGGGGGAGACUUCAUCGGCUGUGAAGGAGUUCAGGGACGGACGUGAAGGUGCUGUGUAUAAACGCUGGAAUUGUCCAGCCCGGGGAUCAGCGACAAGGGUGAAGGGUAAAGACGAACUCCGGUUGCCGCGCCGCGUGGACCAGUGGCAGCGGGUGGCUGCUGGCAAGGCACGCCCUCACGUUCAGACCCCUUGCCCUCUCAGGUCCACAAGACAUUCCGCGCCAUGGCGAAGAAGGUGGUUUUGAUGUGCCGGGUCUGCAUGCAUCUGCGCGUGGCGUCGAAAGCCUUCAUGGAGGUCUGGGCGACGUUGGCGAAGUAUGCCAGCAAGCAGCAAACGGAAGAGGAACAGAGAGAAAGCAGCAAAGCAGCUUUUGAUGUCCAGUACUUCAAGACACAACACAAUAGAUUUCCUAUCAGAGCGAUUCAGGUGGCCAUGAAGGUACCUGAGCAGCGGUCGAUGGAGGAUUUGGAGCUAGUCUUGACUUCUCUCCGAACUCUGUUGAGCAUCAGACACUACAGCAAGUCCUACCAGCUCACGCUGGCCAAAAUAAUGCGAUACGAACGGUUCAGAAGGAGGAGGGUGAUCAUGAAGAAAGGGCAGAACGCACACAGCUUCUACUUCAUAUACUCAGGGGGGGUCAGUUUCACCACCGACGAAGAUGGAAGCAGUGCGUUCGAAGAAGAGCAUCAAGCGGACUUGCGAAAGGGCGCCAGGUUUGGAGAAAUACCAGUAUUAAAGGGCCUGCAAAGAAACUUCACGGCUGUGUGUAUGGAUGACACUGAGCUCCUGGUGGUGGACAAAGAGGACUUCUUUGGAAACAGACUUGAUCAGGCGCUUGUGGAAGAAUCUCAUCAUCGCUUUAUAUUUUUCAGAUCACUGAGCCUCCUGGACUCAUUGCCUGACAGCUCCAUUGAGAUUCUUUCCGAUUACUCGACCACGGAGGAGUUCCUGUACGGCCAGGUUAUUCCCCACAACAUGGACCACGUCAUAUUCGUCAUCAAGGGCCGAUUUGCCGUCCUGCGAUUGGUGGAUCUCACCCAGUGCCCGUCCUAUCACAGGUUCAUCAUUCACGAGUUGCCCUUCUUGAAAAGCACCAUUCACAAAAUGGAUUCAGGCGUUGACAGACAAUUGCUCAACCUGACGGUCAGAACUGGAUCGAUGCACAGGGACUUGGAGCACAGUUCCAAAAGCUUGCUCGGGAUACCCAGCGUCACUUCAAUCCAAAUCCAUCCACCAGAGGACUCCAGGAGUAUGAAAGACCUGAGCACCUCGAACUCAACCAUUUCUGUGACAACUGUCACGCCGAUCUCUUCCAAAACACAACAGCAAGUGAAGGCAAAGAGUGAAUCCCGGAAACAGCUAAAACUGGACAGUGCUGUCAGUACAUCAACACUGGAAGACAGUUCACAUAUGCUGGGGAAAACUUCAAGAAAACAAAUGAUUCCCAGAGCCCUGGCCGUUGCUGUUUACAUGAAGAUAGAUUCAAUUGUGCCAGGAGAAGUAUUUGGGCUGCAGCAGUACUUUGUGGCCGAUAACCUCAAGGAUAGGAGAAACUUCACCAUCAAGAGCCAAGGCACAAAGAUAGUUCGGAUCAACAUGCGGAGCUUAGCUGAACUGACCGACCAGCAAACACUGCAAAAAGUGAGGAAGCUGACGUCUGUCUAUCCAAGCGAUGAUGAACUCUGUGACCUCUUUAUCAAAAAUAAUUACUGGAAAAUCUUUAAAAAGAAUAUGAUCGCCAAACUCACCUCCAAGCCUCAACGUUUUUCCCUGUCUGGCCAGAUAGCGGAGUCCGGCCGAGGUGAGGACUUGUACGAGAUUGACAAGGCUGGCAUCCUGAACCUUCCAGAAAUCGCCAGCAAUCGAAAUAUCCUUUUCUCAAAGCCGCCCUAUUAUGUUGCCCCCAUAAUCAGAACAAGGGAAGAAGGCAGCACCCCAGUGCCAAAGCUGGACCUCCAACUCAUUCAUGGAAUCGCCAAAUUUCCUCCCAGUACAGCUAAUCUGCUGUACUGAGCACACCAAGCCUUUCCCCUCCACUCUGUUCUGCCCUUUAAAUGUCAAACAUCUGGCACCCUAAUACAUUUCCAAGCAUUUGAUUUAAGUUUCUAUUCCCUCACUGCAACCGUUUCCGCAGGUAAUCGUCCAGUCAGUUGUCCUGUUUGUUUUCUUCCUUCACACAUCUGGAUCAUUGGUAUCAUUCAUUCCCGUCUCGAUUACUGACACCAUGUGAUGUGAGAUUUCAUGACACCCAGUUGGGGCCUUUGUGAAAGACUGAUUACCAUCAGGAACACAAUGUCAUAAAAAUUCAAUGCCUUGCCAACCCAAUGCUACAAAAACCCAAUGUGAUGAAGACUCAGUGUGAUAAGACUCUGUUGAAUUAAGACUCAAUGUGAUAAAGUCACAGCGUUACAAUUACUGAUGUGAUAAUGACUCAAAAUAUUAAAAACCCAAUAAUGACGAAGACUCAAUGUUUUAAACAUCAAUGUGAUACUUGAUAUGAUAAAGACCCAAUGUGAUGAAGACUCAAUGCGAUAAUGACCCAAAGUGAUGAAAACCCAAUGUAAUGAAGACUCAAAGGAAGGCUUAAUAAUAUGAAGAUUCAAUGUGAUGAAGAUCAAAGUGAUACACAGUGUGAUGAACACUCAAUAUACAAAGACUCAAUGUGAUGAAGACUCAACGUGAUGAAGACUCAGUGUGAUAAAGAUCAAAGUGAUAAAGAUCAAAGCAAUGAAGACUCAAUGUGAUCAAGACUCAAAAUGUUGAAAACUCACAUGUUAAAGACUCGGUGUGAUUUUAAUAUCGAUGUGAUACUUAGUGUGAUAAAGAGUUGAAGUAAUGAAGACUCGAAGCGACAAAGACCAAAGUGAAGGAGACUCGACAUGAUAAAUAUUCAGUGCAACAAAGAUUUGAUGUAGUAAAAUCUCCAUGUGGGAAACACUUGAUGCACUAAAGACCCGAUGUGACAAAGACUCAAUGUGGUAAAGAUGCAAUGUGCUGCCGAUGUUGUGUCCAACAUGUUGUAACAGCGUGGCCUGAUUUUGCUGCUUAAUUGUCUUGCUACAAUAUAGUUUUGUUUGGACCGGUAACCUGGCUGAUUG